UUUUCCUAAGGAUUAUUAACUUUUGUCGCUUGUACAAAGUAUUAAUAUAUUAUUUGCACAGGAAAGAGAAUAUACUUGUCUUAUGUUUGUGUAGUAGGGGCAACCCUGUGUUCUCAAGUCGCGUGGUAGGGCGCUGUCAGUUGCGGGUAAGCGCGAUCGACGCACGGCGCACGCGCAUCGACAGUUAUCGAUUUUGAAGUUCGAACGAUUUUGGUUAUGGUUUAUUUUUUUUGUUUUUGAAUUUGGAUUUUUGAUUUAAGAAGGCAAAGCCGAGGAAGUGGUAACAUUCAGUGCAUUAAAUUCAGACAGUGCUGUGAAUAAAAGUGAAUGAACGUUGAUUUUGUGAAUUUAUGUGAUAAGUGCUUGUAAUUAUUUAGAUUUGUGAAGAUCGACUGUAAAAAUGCUCAGGUUGCGAUGGCCGUUCCUCUGUCUGCCGAUCCUGCUGGCGGCGUCGGCGUGUGGCUCCGACAUCCUGAUGAUCACCAUGGGAGGGACCAAGUCACAUAAGAUGCCUUUCUGGGAGCUCGCCAGAGGACUAAUAAGAAGGGGCCACAACAUAACAUUUAUCAGCGCGUUUCCCGCUGAUUUCCACAUCACUGGACUGGAGGAGAUAGCCCCGGAAUCCCUGGUCUCCUACGUCAGGAGCUACAUGUCCUUCGACCUGGUCGGAGCCAGGAUGCGGGGCGAAAACCAAAUGCCAGUCCAGGAUAUACUGAGAUAUGGCUAUGAGGCCUGUGAUGCAUUCCUCAGUGAUCCAGAGACAAGGUCCUUUCUCAGAUCUGGAAGGACUUUUGAUCUCGCUAUCCUUGAUGGUACCUACCCCGAGUGUGCUUUAGGACUCGUCUACAAAUUUAAAGUCCCUUUCAUGUAUAUCAACACCGUCGGUUUUUACACCAUGCCUUUAAGCAUCUCUGGUAGUCCUACCCCUUACUCGGUCACUCCAUUCUUCGGCAAGGCUUUUACCGAUAACAUGGGGAUUAUAGACAGGGCUUUCAAUGCUGCCUUUCAUGUGACUAUCGAACCCUUCCAUGCCUUCAGUAUGAAAAUCCUCCAAGGAGUUCUACGAAGAAAUUUCGGACCACAGAUACCCCAUGUCUACGAUAUGUCGAAGAAUGUUAGCUUCAUCCUACAGAAUGGACAUUACUCGGUGUCAUACCCAAGACCUUACCUUCCAAAUGUUGCUGAGGUGGCGUGUAUCCAUUGUAAGGAGCCCAAGAUAUUAGACCCAGAAAUUGAAGAAUGGAUCUCCGGUGCCGGCGAAACUGGUUUCGUGUACGUCUCCAUGGGUUCCUCAGUCAGAACUACUAACAUGCCGCUAUCUGCCCACCGGCUGCUGGUUGAGGCUUUAGGCAGACUGCCACAGAGGGUGCUUUGGAAGCAGGAUGCUGAACAGAACAUGACUGAUAUACCCUCGAACAUUAAGCUGUAUAAAUGGUUACCCCAGCAAGACUUGCUUGGUCAUCCGAAAAUCAAAGCUUUCGUCACCCACGGAGGUCUACUCAGCAUGUUCGAGACCGUAUACCAUGGUGUACCCAUCGUCACCAUCCCCAUUUUCUGCGACCACGACGCCAAUGCCGCGAAGGCAGAAGUCGACGGGUACGCCAAAAAACUCGAACUCCAAAACUUAACACCAGAGAAAUUGUACAAAGCAAUAUUAGAGGUGAUAACGGAACCGAAGUACAAAAUAGAGGUUAAGAAAAAACAGGUUUUACUCCGAGAUCAGAAGGAAACUCCAUUAGAACGAGCUGUUUAUUGGACUGAGUACGUUAUCAGGCAUAAAGGUGCGUACCACCUGCAGUCACCAGCUAAAGACAUGAGUUUCUUCAAGUAUUAUUCCUUGGACGUAUUAUUAUUUAUUCUGUCAGUACUCGUACUAGGAUACGCAUUAAUAUGGUACGCGUUGAGGUUAAGCAUCAAAGCAUUGAUAAAUUACGUUCAGAAGAAGCAGAUGGACAAAUUGUUAAGCGAUUCAAAUGUUCUAUUGAGACAAGCAACAAAAUUGAAGAAGGAGUUGUAAAGAACGUGAUGUAGUUGAUAAAAUUUGUGAUCGAAAUUAUGACAAAAGAAUGGUUAGAAUAGACGCACAAUUCAAUAAUUAUUAGUCCAUGUUCAAUGAUAUUAAAUCAGGAGUGGUUGAAUACAUAAUUUCGAUAAAAUAUGUUUGUGAUUUACUUGAUUCAACGUGACGUGAUGUAGGUAUUUUAAUAUUACAAUAGUAUAUUUGAUUAUACAAAAAUAUAUACCAGUGAUAUUAAAGGUAGUCUUGGUUUUAAAUCAGGACUUAAACAUGGUAAGACAAAGAUUAAGAUAUAUAAAGUAAGCAGUAAGUUUGCGUAGUAUAUAGUUAUAAAGAGUUAAGUCGAAAAUUUUCAGAUAUACUAAAAAAUCAUACGAAUAAAAUUAUUUUUUCAAGUUUUGUUGUUAAAAUUUAUCCCUUGAUCUAGUCUAGAAUGUUUCGAAUGUUUUAUUUGACAAAAUUGUUGUAUGAUAUGUUGUUCCUUAUAUUUAUGAUUCUGGAUUUUAAAUUAUCCACCGUUACAAAGUUACCAACCAAGUUACCAUUAUUUUUAGCGAUGUGUAUAAUUUUGUAAAUAUCUUAGAUUAAGAUUAUUUUGACGUGUGUAAGAUACAGUGUUAAUUAAGUUUUAAAUUUGCUCAUUGCUGUAACUUAUAGUGUAUUUGUAAUUUUAAAUAAAUAUUUUUUUAAUUGU